CUAACUGGAAUUUAAAUAAAAACUUAAUAAAUUGAACAACACAUUUCUUUUUAAAAAUUUUUAAAUUUUUUUUAGAGAAAGCAUGAGCUUUUACUUUUAUUAAUUGGCACAGAACAUAUGAUACUCUCUGUCUUCAUAAACAUUCAAUUCUGUUCCUUGACAGUUCUGUUUUUUAAGAACCUCGAUGAUCCCUCGUAUAGCUACGUAGUUGCCAAUUCUGCAGGAAGACUCCCUGAAACUUGAUAGCUUAGCCCUCAGUCUCAAUUACCUUUAAUAUUUAUAUUCAUAAUCAAAUUAUUUGUCUAUAGGAUGUACUGGACUUGGUUUGAAGAUCUAAGAGAGACUGAAAGACAAUGAUUUCCAGUGACAUAAUUUGGGGGAUUUUCUUUAUCUUUCAAACUUGUAUUGGUUUCAUGGGGAAUUCUUUGUUAUUUACAUUAUAUAUGUACACAUGUUUAAUUUUUCCUCAUAAGAAGAAGCCUGUAGAUAUGAUUCUUGCCCACUUAACUUUGGCUAAUGCUCUGACGCUCAUAUUCAGAGGGAUUCCAAAUAUAAUUACAUCUUUUGGAAUUAGAGUGGAGAUGGGCGAUACUGGAUGUAAAACAGUGCUCUAUAUUCAGAGAGUUACCCGGAGUAUUUCUCUGUGCACAACCGCCCUCCAGAGUACAUUUCAGGCAGUGACUAUUACUCCAAGUAGUCAUAAAUGGGCCUGGCUCAAAUACAAAAUCCCUGCAUUCAUUCAACCCUCCUUACUUUUCUUCUGGAUGAUCAACAUGGCCAUCUAUUCUGUGGUCCUUUUACGAACUGUGGCCAACAGGAAUAUCACCGAUGAUAGACUUGGGUAUCAGAUUGCUUAUUGUAAAAGCAGUGCACAUGAUGGCCAGAUAGCAUCAAUAUUUCUAAGUACGGUAUUCAUUCGAGAUUUGUCCUUUCUCUCUCUGAUGACAUGUAGUAGCAUCUACAUGGUGAAUAUCCUUUACAGACAUCACAAAGCAGCUCAGAAUGUUCGCAGUACCAUCCAGUCUUCACGCUCUCCUGAAAACAAGGCUACUCACGUUAUUCUCAUACUGGUGAGCUGUUUUGUUUUCUUUUACUGGACCAACACCUUUCUUACUGUUUAUUUAGUUUAUACAAGUAAGAACAAGCAGCAACUGGAGAAAUUUAAUAACUUUUUUUCAUCAUGUUACCCAACUAUCUGUUCUUUCUUUCUAAUUAAAAAUGAAAAUAGAGGGAUCCCUGGGUGGCGCAGCUGGUGCGGCCUUCCUGGCACCCUUCACUUGGAUGCACUGCAGUUUGCUUAUGGGUUCAUGUAUUGA